AUGAGAAAAGCCACCAACAGUCUGCCGCGCGCUGCCGCCUCCUCUUCUCAUAGCUCCUCAGCACACAAGACCUCUUUGCCACCUAACCGGUCCACAGGACCAUCGUCAACACAACACCAGCAGCACCAGCAGCAGCAGUUUUCCGCUUCAGACGCGGAUGCAGCGAGCAUAUUUUACCCGGAACUUUUCGGGCAGGCGAUCGAAUACUAUUUUUACCCAAACUCCUCCGUGCCGGUGUUCUGCCCCAGCACAGAGCAGUUCAGCGACUUUGAGGCUUUGGUAUCAGCCAUUGAGCCACUGGCACUGCGGGCGGGUAUCUGCAAGAUUGUGCCGCCCACGCAGUGGCGCGACGAGCUCGAGGGCAGUGCUGGAGUGCGAGUGUUUGACGAAGAGGACUUUCCCAUUCUCAAGCCGAUUGUACAGCACUUUAACGGCAACAGCGGAAUAUUCCACCAGUACAACGUAGAGUUCCACCGCAAGGUCAAGCUGGCGCAGUUUUUCCAAACGUCGCAGGACGCCAGCCACCGAGUGCCGGAGCACAAGGCCGGUGCCGAGGACAAUAGCAGCAGGGGGGACAAAGCUCAUAAGAAGCAGCAGAGUGCGGAGCCGGCGUACGCGGAAAACGAAGAGCUCGAGCGCAUGUACUGGAAGAACCUCCUGUUUCAGCCGCCGAUGUACGGCGCCGACGUGCUUGGCACGCUGUUUCCGCCGGUCGAGGACUUUCCCACAUGGAAUAUCCGCCGGUUGCCCGGCCUUCUGCGCCGAAUCGACCAGCGGAUGCCGGGCGUCAACGACCCGUAUUUGUACCUGGGCAUGUGGAAAGCAACUUUCGCCUGGCAUGUCGAGGACAUGGACCUGUACUCGAUCAAUUACAUCCACUUUGGCUCCCCCAAAGCCUGGUAUGCCAUCCCUGUCGAGGCACGCGCGCGCUUCGAAAUGUCCAUGCAGAAUGUUUUCGCCGGAGACCAUAAACUAUGCUCACAGUUUCUCCGGCACAAAGCAUUUUUACUAUCGCCGCGGUUUCUUGCGUCGCAGGGGAUUCCGUUCAACCGCGUUGUGCAGAGAGCCGGGGAGAUUAUUUUGACGUUUCCAUUGGGGUAUCAUGCUGGGUUUAAUCAUGGAUUUAAUUGCGCGGAGAGUGUGAAUUUCGCCAUUGACCGGUGGCUCGAGGUCGCGCCGUUGUCGAGGCAUUGCGAGUGCGUGAAGGAUUCGGUGACGAUUGAUCUG